ACUGCUGUGCAUUCUUAUUGUACGUUUGGAAACUGAGACUGUAUAAUGUAAUGUUACAAUGUAUAGCAGCUCUGGUUGUGGUCUUUCUCCCAAGAGAUGACUUUCUGCAACACUAGUUUCAGAAUGAAAGUGCUUUUUUGUUCUUUCCAGCAAUUCAAAUUGGUUUCUUUUCUGGACCUAAAUAAUAAUUCUCCUUAUCUGUCAGCUGAGCUGAAAUACCGCAGGUAAUGGUGGAAGCCAGGCCCCAUGGAAGAGCACCUGUGUAGCUCCAAGGAGCAAAGUCUCUCAGUAUGUGCAUACCUUAUUUCCUGGCAUAUCAGACUCUGAAAAGACUUGAAAACAGCUCCAGAUGUGACCCAGCUACAUGUGUUUAUGCCAUGUUACAUCUACCUAACACAACCUGAAAUGCUGGGGACAGAAGAGUGACUGUACUGAUUCACUUGGGGUCUACCCAACCCUGUAUCCAAUUUCUGGAAGUUUCUGGAGAGAAUAAGGAAGGAAUGAGGACAGGACAAGCAAAUUAUUAAUUCUUCCAGCUUCCAAUUAUUUUCAGCUCAGAUAAUUUUCUGAGCCUGAUGUGUUUUGUCUGUGGUGACUCUCAAUCGUUUUCUUUUCCAAGUGUUUUUAAAUUAAAAGUUUUUGCAUCGGAGCAUACUUUGAUGAGCAGUUCCACAGAUCAACAACCCACUGCAUCAUUUUGCACCUGGCUCCUGUAAGCUUCAUCUGAUAGCCCCUACCCCUUGUGUUAGAAAAGCUCAUGAACAGUUGAUCUGUGCUUACAGUCUCUAAGUUGCACAUAAUUUCAUAUCCCCUCCUCCCUUCCAGCUGCUAAUUGUAGCUGUUGAACAAGAUGAAAUUCCAAGACUCAAAGCUCUAUACAAAAGAGGGCUGCAGAACAAUGUCCCAGGUCUGAAACUGAUUGGAACAAAAGAAAUACAAGCAAAAGAACCCUUCUGCAGGGGUCUGAUGGCCCUUGAUUCUCCAUAUACUGGCAUUGUGAAUUACAAACAAGUGGCACAGUCCUAUGCAGCAGACUUCCGGGAAGCAGGUGGGACGAUCUUCACUGAUUUUGAAGUUACAAACAUGGAGAUGGCUAAAGAAAGUUCUUCAGAAACUGCAGAUGGACUGAAAUACCCAGUCAUUGUUCGGAACUCAAAGGGUGAGGAAAUCUACUGUCGGCACAUUGUGACCUGUGCAGGACUUUACUCAGACCGCCUGUCUGAGAUCAGUGGCUGCAGCCCUGAACCUCGUAUUGUACCCUUCCGUGGAGAUUAUUUGGUGCUAAAACCAGAAAAGUCUUACAUGGUUAAAGGAAAUAUCUAUCCAGUUCCCAAUCCUCGGUUCCCUUUUCUGGGAUUUCACUUCACACCAAGAAUGGAUGGCAGCGUGUGGCUUGGUCCUAAUGCAGUAUUAGCCUUUAAGAGAGAAGGCUACAAAUUGCUUGACUUCAACACUGGAGACUUUUUAGAUGCUGUAUCGUACAGUGGAUUGUGGAAGCUUGUGCUGAGAAACAUGUCUUAUGGACUGAGUGAAAUGUACAGAGCGUGUUUCCUGAGUGCACAGGUGAAGCAACUGCAGAAGUUCAUCCCUGAGGUCACUGUCAAUGAUGUACUCAGGGGUCCGUCUGGAGUGAGAGCUCAAGCAUUGGACAGUGAUGGAAAUUUGGUAGAUGACUUUGUAUUUGAUGGAGGCAGUGGAGAUCUUGGAAGCAGAAUUCUUCAUGUCAGAAAUGCCCCUUCUCCUGCUGCUACCUCCUCCCUUGCCAUCGCAAAAAUGAUUGCAGAUGAAGUGAAGCGAAGGUUUGAAUUGUGAAUGAUUGACAAGUGUACUGGGGUUCUACGCCUCUUGUAUGCGUAGCAUCUUGUCUGCAUUGAAUGAACUCCACAGCCUUUAAUGACAAAGAUAAAACAGGCAAAGUGCCACUUGCAAGACAGUGGUACAGCAAAUGCAGUAUUUGAAAUGUUUGCCUUUGUCAGCCUGCAACUUCUCAGCUUCAUGAAUACAGGAGUUGUGGUGCCUGGUCAGGCCUGGUGUGGUACAGCUGUCUGCAGGAAAGAAACAAACAGCCCUGUUAGCACUAAAGGUUUGUUCACCUGAGCAGGAACAGCCUGUGGAGGGGCUGGUGCCACAUGCAAUGUGAGGGUCUCUUCAACUGUAGUGGGCCUUUAGGUGAAGCAGGAAGAGCCUCUGUGGUGGGGUUGCCCACAUGGACUUCCCAUUCCUCAGGUCUGAACACUGCCUUCUCGUUGCUCUCUGGAGAGGUGGUUGGUCUUCUGAAAAACCACAGGCAUGGAGUGGUUCUCUGUGUGCUUUGACUUUGACUCCAUUUAAAUUGGAGUCUACAGUCCCCUAGCUUACAUUAAAUUAAUGGAAAUAGAAGGAUAAGCCCUGCUUAAAGGUUCUGCUGAUAUAGAAUUAAGGGCUUUAUCAGAGACUGAGAACAAUAUUCAGAGCCUUCUACAUGAACAUAGAGUAUUACGCAGUAAAAUAAGCCUAACAAGGGAUUACCAAAUACAAGUCAAUUUAGAUACUCAUCAGAUAUGCUAUCUGAUCACUGUCUGUAUUUUUUUUAUAAAGCUGAAAUUAAAAUGUAUACAUAAACAGUUUUUUUUUAUUUAACUUAAAUCUGGGAAGUCAGCACUGGUCAGAAACUACUUCUGUUUCUGAUCAGUGAAAGAUCAGAAACUUUGAUCUUGGGGUUGGGUUUUUUUCCAUUUGAAUACAGGUAAUGCAAAAGGAGCUUAUCUUUGUGCAGCAUGUUGAGCAAUCCGGUGGAAAUGGUCUUUGUAAAAGCAAAUGUGAAGGGAGGGAAGCUACAGAAACCUGUCUUAAUUGAGUCAUGUUGCAUACUGCUUCCUUUGGAGCCCAAACAGCAAUGAGUCAGAAAGGCUCCCAUUUUCCACAUGCCUGGCAAGAGGGGAGUGUAGAAGGUGCUGGUUACUCUUCUGGGCUUUUACUGAUACUUGCAGUUUUAUCAAAGGUUCACCUGGAAGAGUCUUUGUGGAGACCGUGUUUAAACUCAGGAGAGACGUUCAGCAAGUUUGGUACUAAGCUAACUGAGUGUCUUGGCAUGUUCUGCAUAAUUGCUACAAAAAAGAAUUAUGUGGCCCCAGGGACAAAGUACUUGAGAAUACUUUUAAAGCAGAUAUUCACAGGAUGUUGGGUAACACAGAUAAUUGUGGGCAGUUUGCUACCAGGCAAUUUGUCUACUGGGUUUUUUUAAGUUCUUUUCUGUAGUGCUCUGGUAGGCAGGAGGGAGUGUGUUAGCACAGUAGCUCAGGUGUGCUAGCUGAUGUUUUUACUGUACAGAGCUGAGCCGCUUUUGAGAAGAAAGGGCUUAACGUAUCUUUAUUUAACUUUAUUUUUUCUUGGUGACAUCUACUUUACAAGAAAAGUGACUCCUGUAUAAGGACAACCUGGAAAUUCAAGUAAUAAGCCCUUCAAAGAAAGCUUUGGACAUUAUUCUUGGCCACACCACUAGACAGAUUCAGAUAUUCCGAAUGCUAAAAUGCCAUACGGCUGUGUAAAAGUUGUCUUCACAAUGGAACAAUCAUAUCUUCACUCCCCACCAGAAGGGUUGCCUAUCAACAGUAAAUACUACAAAAGGAUUGCAAAAGCAACUUCCUCCCACACGAGGUGUGGCCCUAACAUGUAUUAACAGAAUAAAGAACAUUAAAAUGUAAA